UUUGUGUCCAUGGCAAAGUCGAACUUCUGCGACUGCGCAGGUUUUGGCGACUUCGUUUUCACGGUGUACUCGUCGCGUAGAACGACUGCACCGACGAGAGGUGUUGGAGGAAUCGAAAUAUGCAAGUAGGCUUUUGUGUCGUCUCGCUCCUACUUCACAGACCAUGUGCCGUGUCCCGCAUUCCAGCACGUCAGAUCAGCGUUCGGGGAAAGUGUGCGCACUUUUGGUCGUCAAAGGCGUCUGUAUCCUUUCCUCUUGGUACUGUGAAGAGCGGCAGCCACAAUUUAUUACUCGGUAGCUCUGAUCCUUUGUCCGACGAGACCAUAACCAUUCUGGGCUAUGGUUCGCUUUUGUCUGAAAAGUCGGCAAAGAGUACAUUUCCGGAGUUGUCCAACUUUCGCCUCGGACGAAUCAGAAAUUAUCGUCGUGUAUUUGGUCACCCCGCGUCUAUUUUCUUUGCCACUGGCAUUGCCGACUUGCCAAGCUUGCAAAUAGCUUCAGCAUCGGCAGAGUUUGACCAAGACAGUGCUGGCUUUGUAGUCUCGGCUUUUGAUGUCCCGAACGAGGGCUUGUCUGGUGUUCCCAGUCGAGCUCUUCUGGAACGGGAGGCGUCGUAUGAUUUCGAAAAGGUUGUCUUUGCAGGUUUAACAAAAAACUGUAAUCCUUCCAUGGAAGGAUGGCUAAGUGUCCGUUCGACGGACUCCGCAUACAUCAAGAAAUGGGGUCAGGAACGCUUUGACCGGCAGUUUCGGAAGAAUGGUAUCGAAACUAUCUGGCAUUGGCCGGAAGAUUCAGGCUUGCGACCCUGUGCUGUAUAUCUUCGACAUUGCUAUCUGGCGGCGCAAUCGAUGGGGGAGGAGUGCUUCAAUUCACUUCUCGAUGAAUCAUACCUGUGCGACCGAUCGACGACGAUACGCGAGUACCUUAACAUGUACCCCGAAGUAUUGGACUCUGUACCUCCUCCUGAGCUAGCCCUACGCUACAAUGGAUGAUAAAAAGGUCGCACAUUGGCAUAGAAAACUUUCUAAACUAGAAGCCAAGGUGAUCGAACAACCCAAGUGCUACACAACGCCGUCAGUCAUCUUCCAAAUCUUUCUGUUUUCCCUUGGAAGAUAUCUGAUUGCUCACUUUACGUUGAAUAUCGCGAUGUGCUGUGCCAACCGAGCAUGGUUGUGAAACACGGCUGCCGUCGUUCAGGCGCAGAAUCGUUCUCAGCUGAGCGGCAGCAAGCUCACAGAUUGCGACACUUCGGUGUUUUCCAGAAGAACUGCCAACAAAAAUAUUCAUACUGAGACAAUCUGCGUAUCCGUGUCCCGCCUCAAUAGCUUUCACCAAGACUGUCAACGCCUGAUCGGCAAUAUUGUUGGCAAAAUCCUGAACGCUCGGUGAUUCAUUCUUCAUCAAAUCUCGCUUCACUGCAUUAGAUAAACCAUCCUGCCAAGACAGCCAAUGUGACACCUGCGACAGAUCACGGCAAUCAAACGGACUUAAAGGUGACGAUUGGCUCCAUCCAUUUCUGCAAUCGGCAGGAACUCCGUGAAUGUACCCAAACGAAGAAAAUUGAAUGUGAAUGGGAGCUUUGCCGUGGGGCAUUAAUCGGUUCUCGGGAGGUGCGGACGGUUGAACCGCUAUUUCGACCUCUUGAUCGACAUCAUUAAAUUGUUUCUCUUUCCAGUCUGG